UGUGUGUUUUCUCGCGAAAAAAAAAGUUCGAGCCUGGCAUCAAGAUGGUGAUUUGAGUGGUGGCGAAUUAUUUGGACUGGUCCGCGCGAACCUCGAUUAUGCUUAAUUUCCGGACGAUUAAGCUACGGUUCGGACUCCGAUUGCGGUGCUGAAAACACGGACACUGGCGGCCAGGCGCGUCGGGAGAAUCUAGUGUGGGGUGUUUUUUUUUUUUGAAAGUUCGCGAGUGACCUAGAAGAGGAAGCUGAAAUUUUGUAUUUCCUUCUUUUUUGGUGGGAGGAUUGGACUAUCUUUGCGAGGAAUUUGGCAAACAUUCGGAUAAUUUGGCGAUUUUGGGGAUAGAGGAUUGCCAAACAAAAUCAUUUCUCUCUGUUGAUGGUUUCGGUUGUGCUGGUGCUGCGGUUUUAUGUUAAAUAAUCAACAGAAGAGAACAGCAGCGGCACUGAUACUGAGUGGCUAUGUCGGAUCAGUCGUCCUCGUCUAAAGAGCCGAAGCCACAACAGGAUGACGAAACCAACAGACGGAACGAGCGACCCUUGCCUACGGAUGGUGCACCGCAGACCCAGCUACAGAAGUGGUCCUGCGAGUACUGCACCUACGAAAACUUUCCCCAGUCCCUGAAGUGCACCAUGUGCAAGGGACAGAAGCCACUGCUGAACGAGGACAUUUUUCGCCUAAGUCCAACGCAGCAGCUCAGCACAAAGAAACGAUCUACGGUGAACCUCGCCAGCGGACCAUCGACGCGGUUUCCGGUGGACGAGCACGGCGAUGACGACGAGGAGGAGCAAAAGUGGUGCUGCGGAGGUUGUACUUACCUGAAUCUGCCCGAAGCGAAGCGUUGUUCGCAGUGUAACGGCAAGCGGCGGGAGGAUGUGGACCUGUUUGGGCCAUCGACGGCAAAGGGUGGAGUGAUAUCUCAGUACGAAAGUUUGAGCGAUCAGAUGAACGCUCUCAACAUUCGUCGCAAUUCGGUGGACGGCGAUUCGGGGGAUCGGUUCUCGAGGCCACCUUCGGAAGAUGGCCGACGGAGGAACAAUUCGCCCACGAACCGCCAGGCGGAAACUGCCAAAGAGUGUGAUCCCAGCGGUGGCGGUGCUAAGGGAUCGUCCUCUCCGGUGGGCACGUGCACCCGGUCGUCGUCGGCCAGCGGUGGAAAAUGGUUCUGCUCGGUGUGUACUUAUGAAAACUGGCCCAAAUCGAUCAAGUGUUCAAUGUGUCUCCAUCCGCGUGAGACCAACAGUGGCCGGAACAGUCAGGCGUCUGCCAAGCACUCUCCCGAGCACGAGGAUAACGUCGCGAGCAACAUUGUGCUAAACAACAAGCGAAAUCAACAGAUGGCUCGCGAGCAGGAACCAGCCAACAAUAUGGACGUUUACCAGCAGGAGCGUUACAUGCGCCAGUUGAGGCGGCAACCCGAUUGGCAGUGGCUGAAUGCGUGCAUUGGAAUUGCGGAGAACAACGUCGGCGCCGUGGAGGCCUUUUUGGCGUGCGGCGGCGAACCCAGUCGAAUGCUCACGCCGGCGGAGGUCAAUCUGCUGAACAACAACGAUAUAGCGUUCGACGUGGGUCACACUUUGAUCCAUCUGGCGAUACGGUUUCACCGCGACGAAAUGUUACCACUGCUGCUUACGCAAAUUUCCGGCUCCGGACCUGGCAUUAAGCGGGUACCGUCGUACGUGGCACCAGAUCUGGCCAGCGACAUCCGGCGCCACUUUGCCGUGCUGUUACGGAUCCGGAAAGCUUCCUUCAGUUGCCAGUACGUGAACGAACACGCGACCUUCUCGCUGCCGGCCGACAUCGAAGAACUGCCACUGGCACUGCAGGAACAGCUCUACGAAGAACUGCUCGAUCGGGAUGCACAAAAACAGCUCGAAAUACCACCGCCGGCGCUCAACUGGUCCCUGGAAAUCACCGAACGGCUCGGCUCUCGGCUGAUGGUGCUGUGGAACCGGAGCGCCGGAGAUUGUCUGCUCGACUCGGCCAUGCAGGCCACGUGGGGCGUUUUCGAUCGUGAUAACACACUGCGAAGGGCGCUCGCCGACAGCCUGCAUCAGUGUGACCACUACUUCUACCCCCGCUGGAAGGAGAACGAAAUUUUCCAGGCAGCGCUGCUUCACUACACCGUUUCGGAAGCCCAACUCGAGGAAGACUGGGGCACGCUGCUUUCGCUCGCUAGUCAGCCCGGCUCGUCGCUGGAGCAGUUGCACAUUUUCGCCCUGGCUCACAUUCUCCGCCGGCCGAUUAUCGUCUACGGUGUCAAAUGCGUUAAGAGCUUCCGCGGCGAAGAUAUCGGCUACGCGCGCUUCGAGGGCGUCUACCUGCCGCUGCUGUGGGAGCAAAGCUUCUGCAUAACGUCGCCGAUCGCACUCGGUUACACGCGGGGCCACUUUAGUGCGCUCGUGCCGACGGAACCGUACUCGCGGAUCGAUGCCGCCCGGGACGAGCGGGAAGACAUUACCUUCCUGCCGCUGAUGGACUGCGAGCUGAAGCUGCUGCCUAUUCACUUUUUGAAUAGCAAUGAGAUUGGCCGCGAAGAAUCCAUCAUGCGCCAAUGGCUCGAAGUGUGCGAAACCGAGGGAGGCCUCCUGGUCGCCCAGCAAAAACUGCAUAAACGUCCACUGUUAGUCGCCCAGAUGCUGGAGGAAUGGCUGAACCAUUAUCGAAGAAUAGCUAUUUCGAGGCUUUUUUAAACAAUUCGCUUUGCUCGGGUCGUUGAUGAAGAUUUUAGCCUGAAACAUAAUUUUAAAAGCGCGCGUAGAAAGCUUUCUCCAUCGAUGCAGUAAACUCAAAUUAAAUGUCGCAAAAUCACACUCACACAUACACAAACACGCAUCAACCCGCACCGACAUCGAACGUCAAUUAUCACAGCUUGGUCAGCGGCACCGAAUUCGUACGACAAAGUUAGCACAAAAUAAGCUCCAGCAAAUCGCAACAACGACACUUUUUGCCACCCUCCUCCGCAAUAGGAUACCCAAAACAAUUAUUGAACAUAAUUCGCGGUUUUUACUCCCACCAACAACAACAGCAACAACAACUAGAGAGAAAGGCAGGCAGGCGAAUUGAACCAGUUAAAAACUCCACGCUGCACUUGUACUUUACAAUUUGAAAAAUUGCUAAAAUACCAAGCCAACUAAUCCAGAUAGAUUAAAUCUAUGAGUACACUCGAACACAGAGCUCUGUUAUGUUUGUUAAGUUUUAUAUCAGAAUGAUCGUUUUUUUUUUCUUCGGGACUCAACUUUGGUGUGUAAAUAAUACAUUCAAUUGAAUUGCAGGUAAGUUAGUUGUAAAAACAAAAUGACAAAAUAAAUUAUUUUUCAUGGUCCAACGUU